AUGGCGCAACCCACUGCCGAAAGCAAUGCAGAGGACGAUGAACAGGACGAUGGAACGAUCCGCAUCAUCGAGACAGAAGCAUUGCUGCCACCGGCAUUUGCUGCUAUGUGGCGAAGCGGCAUCCUGUGCGACGUGGAAAUUCGAGUUGAGGCUUGUUCAUUCAAAGCUCACCGCGUUGUCCUGGCAUCGUGUUCUGACUACAUGAGGGCCCGGUUUUGCAUUGGCAUGGCCGACAGCAACUGCGAGUCGCUGGAUCUACCGGACAUGCCGGCCUCAGCAUUCGAGGCGGUCUUGCAGCACAUGUACACAGGAUCCUGUAUAGUUCCAGAGGAUCUCCUAGUGCACAUCCUCGAGGCCGCUUCCAGGCUGCAGUACCUCAGACUCUUGGAGCUGACGUGGCACGUCGCAGAGGAGCGACUUUCUCCGAAAAACUGCCUCCGUAUCUGGGAAGUGGCUGACCGGCUGUCCCUUACGAAGUUGCUGAACGCGGCAAAGAUCAUGUGCAUCGGCAACUUCGAAGAUAUCGCGGCGGAGUCGGAGUUUCUUGCGAUGAGUGCUGAGCGACUACUCAUGCUGCUUGGGGAAGACGACCUGAACAUCAGCAAGGAGGAGGUUGUUUUCACAGCGGUGCGGCGUUGGGUGAAUGCUCAGGUGGACCUACCACCGCAAACUCUCUUCGAGCUCUUUUCCAAGGUGCGCUUUCCAAUCAUGUCGAAAAGCUUUGUCACGGAGAUCGUGCGGGCAGACCCCUUAAUGGCAGUGCCCCAGGCGCUGCAAGCACUGCUAGACGGGAUGCAAGACGGUAACUACCGUGUCGACACGCAGCGCACGCGACAGAGGCGGCGGCUAAAGUUUGACAGCUCCCGUGUCGUCGGGAAUUCCAUCGAGUUUCUCUGCAACGGCUCGCUUGUGCGAAGUCUUCGUGAUGCACGAUCCUUUGCGGUGGCAGCACAGCCCCUGUCACCGGACGGCGGAAACUUUUAUGCCUGUCUUACCUGGUAUACUGGCAGCAUCGUGUACAUUGGUGUUGCCACGGCACCAGACAACUUGAAUUCUUGGCAGGCCUGGGUCUGGAAUCCUUCGCAUCCACAGUUCUGCCGGCAUCGCGGUGGGAACAUGGAGCGAAGCACUAACUUCGGCUCGAUGAAGGUUGCGCAGGGCGAUGUUAUCGGCGUUCUGCGACAGGGAAACACUCUCAUCUUCAGCCUCCUGGAGAAGUUUUCGCAUGCAGGGUUGGAGGGUCUUGAUUCAAAGCACUUCAAUCCCGGCCGCAUUCGUUCACCACAUGUUGAAAGAGUUUAA